AAGGCGGGGCUUCGCCGCGCUCGUCUGCUGUGCGGAGAAUCAGACAGCUCGCUCACUAGAAGGAAGUACAUCUGAAGUGCUGCUGUAUUUAUUUUGAUGCACAUGAGCAUUCAUCUCUUCGGAAUAAAAUAACGUAAUCCCCGACAUAAGCACAGAGGGGAUUCGCCCGGUUGUAUGCAUCUCCCCGGUAACAUCUGUAGCGGUAGCGGCUGUUUUCACCGGAGCAGCGUGGGUUAAGGUGGGCCUUGCCCGGAUAUCUGUCUGACAAGCGAACCAAAACCGAUCCGGUACCCGCCUCAAGAUAACCAGCGCACUUAGUCCUCCAGAGACCACACUUGGAGCCCGUUUGGACUAUCACACACACACACACUAGCCAGAUGGCGGAUAAGCUGAGCGAAGCCCUGAAGACGCUGAAGCUCUCGUCGGCAGACAGCACUUCAGACAGUGUCGAGGGCUGCUUGGACUGCCUGCUCAAAGCUUUGGCCCACAAUAAUGUUGAGACCAGUGGAAAGAUCCAGGAGAUGGGGGUUCUUGCCAUGAUGCCUGCUCUUCUGUCUGCGCAGAACUCAUGUACACCAAAAGUAGCCAACAUCAUUGCAGAGGUGGCCAAAAAUGAAUUCAUGAGGAGCCCGUGUGUGGAAGCAGGACUCAUUCCUCCUCUGGUUCAGCUGCUAAACUGUAAGGACCAGGAAAUACUGCUCCAGACGGGACGAGCCCUCGGCAACAUCUGCUACGACAGCCAUGAGGGCAGAAGUGCAGUUGAUGCAGCGGGUGGUGCUCAGAUAGUUGCCGAGCACAUUAAGUCUCUGGCCGAAAGCACUGACCCGGCCACCGGGAAGCUCUUGACUGUCUUUUGUGGCAUGCUGAUGAACUAUAGCAAUGAUAAUGACUCGUUGCAGGCUCAGCUGAUCAGCAUGGGUGUGAUCCCGACACUGGUCAGACUGCUGGGAGUUCAUUCUCAAAACACUGCGCUCACCGAGAUGUGCCUCAUUGCCUUUGGCAACCUGGCAGAGCUUGAGUCCAGCAAGGAGCAGUUCGCCUCUACGAAUAUUGCGGAGGAGCUGGUUCGACUCUUCAGUAAGCAGGUGGAGCAUGAGAAGAAGGAGAUGAUCUUCGAGGUGUUGGCACCACUCGCUGAGAACGAUGUGAUCAAGCUUCAGCUGGUGGAUGCUGGUCUGGUGGAGUGUCUGCUGGAGGUCGUGGCUCAGACGGUGGACAGUGACAGGGAGGAGGACGUGGCUCAGCUCAAGACGGCCUCAGACCUCAUGGUCCUUCUGCUGUUGGGAGAUGAGUCGAUGCAGAAGCUGUUUGAGGGGGGUAAAGGCAGCGUGUUUCAAAGGGUCCUUUCAUGGGUGCCCUCCAACAACCACCAGCUCCAGCUAGCAGGAGCGCUCGCCAUCGCUAACUUUGCCCGCAAUGAUGGGAACUGCAUCCACAUGGUAGACACUGGUAUCGUACAGAAGCUUCUCGAGCUGUUAGACAGACAUGUUGAAGAGGGGAACGUGACGGUGCAGCAUGCCGCCCUCAGUGCUCUGAGGAACCUCGCCAUCCCAGUGGUCAACAAAUCUAAGAUGCUCUUGGCUGGUGUAUCGGAUGUAGUGCUGAAGUUCCUCAAAUCUGAGAUGCCUCCAGUCCAGUUUAAGCUUCUGGGAACAUUACGGAUGCUCAUCGACACACAGGCUGACGCAGCAGAGCAGCUGGGGACAAAAACAAAGCUGGUGGAGCGUUUGGUGGAGUGGUGUGAAGCGAAAGACCAUGCCGGAGUGAUGGGAGAGUCCAACCGCCUGCUGUCUGCUCUCAUCCGACACAGCAAGUCAAAGAACGUGGUCCGAACAGUUAUACAAGGUGGAGGUGUUAAGCACUUGGUAACCAUGGCGACGAGUGAACACAUGAUCAUGCAGAAUGAAGCGCUGGUGGCCUUGGGACUCAUAGCGGCACUAGACCUGGAUUGCGCAGAGAAGGACUUUGUCAGUGCUAAUCUGGUGCAGGUUCUACACAAACUCCUGACAGAUGAUCACAGUGCACCGGAGAUCAAAUACAACUCCAUGAUUCUCAUCUGCUCCAUCAUGGGAUCAGAGCCGCUGCAUAAAGAAGUGCAGAGCUUGGCCUUCAUCGACGUGGUUUCCAGGCUGCGCUCACAUGAGAACAAGACGGUGGCGCACCAGGCCUCUCUCACAGAGCAAAGGUUAACGGCCCAGAGCUAAAGGACUCUUCCACAGCAUCUCCUCCCUGCCUGCUUCCCCUCACACACAUAUCUCUCGUUGUCAUGUGCCAAGCUGUUGUCCCCUCCGCAUUCCCUGCUACAGACUCUCAAAGCCCUCUGUUUGCUCCGCGCAUGCAGAGACGUGUUACCCAAAGGCGGCCAUACUUUGUAGACAGCCUUCUGCAAUAGAUUCAUACCCGAACAGCAAAAUAUUUUUAAAAGACCAUAGCUGUGAUUUAAAAAAAACAAAAAAAACAUGAAAUUCACCUAUAAAAGCUGAGAUAAAAAUAGAACAUGAAUGUUGGCAGUGGAAAUAGCGCAGUUGUGCUUUCAUGACAUGUAAAAUCACACAUACCAACUGACUUGUGCAUGGUUUUUUUAAAGAUUUCGUCUGGUUUGUUGAUGUAUCUGUGUUCAGCUAUUCAAGCCACGCCCAUAGGAUAUGCCCCGCCCCCUCUCCUUCUGCUUACUAAUUUACAUAGAAGAGUAGAGAUCAAAUGUGUUUGUACUGUAUAGGGCACCUUUGGACCAGCAUGGACCUUUUCAUAUUUUGCCUCCUGGUCCUUGUGCCGCCCAUGAUCCGUAUCUACUGGAAAGAGCUAAUUCCAUAUCAUUAGUCUGUUGCAUUUACAAAAAUCGAUGAUUAUUGUCAUAUGGAUGUGUGAAGAAGUAAUAUAUCUUGAUACCGAGGACUACAGUCCUUGUAUGUGACUCUCUUGGAAACACGAUUUUUAUCAUUUCAGGACCUCAUCAAAAGAAGUGAUGUCAUUAUAGUGUAGUAUCAAUAACUUAAAAAGGAUAGUUCACCAAAAAGUAAAAAAUUCUGUUAUCAUUUAUUCACCUUCAUGUCGUUCCAAAACUCUAUGGCUUUCUUUCUUUUGUAUGAACACAAAAUAAAAUAUUUUGAAGAAUUUUGGCAGCCAAACAGUUUUGGGUCUUGUUGACUUCCGGAGUAUUUUUGUCCAUACUGUGGAAGUCAAUGGCAAUUGGAACCAUUUAGUUACCAAACAUUCUUUAAAAUAUCUUCAUUUGUGUUCCUAAGAAGAAAGAAAUGGCAACGUUCUGUAGAAGAUAUCUUGAAGAAUUUUAGUAUCCAAAUUGUUUCAGGUCCCAUUGACUUCCAUAGUAUUUUUGUCUAUACUGUGGAGGUCAGUAGGACUGAAACGGUUUGGUUACCAUAAUUCUUCAAAAUAAUCUUCUUUUUUGAAGAAUGAAACUAUUUGGUUACCAAAUUCUGCAAAAUAUCUUUUGUGUUCCACAGAAGAAAAGAAUUCCAACAUUGUAUAGAUACAUUUAAGAUGCAUACUGUACAUAAAAGAUACUUGAAUGUUGGUAACGAAUGUUGGUAACCAGAAUUUUGGGGCCCAUUGACUACCAUGGUAUUUUUUGCUAUGGAAGUCUGUGAAACCUGAAACUAUUUGGUUACCAAAUUCUUCAAAAUAUCUUCUUAUUUGUCCCACAAACGAAAGAAACGCCUACAUUCUAUAGAAGGUAUUUUGAAUAAUGUUGGUAACCAGACAUUUUUGGGUUCCAUUGACAUUCAUGGUACUUUUUAUCUGUGCUAUGAAAGUUAAACGGACCUAGAACCAAAGAAAGAAAUACAAAGACCCGAGAAGCGAAAAAAGAAAUGCCAACACUCUGUAGAAGGUAUUUUGAAGAAUGUUGGUAACCAAAUUUUUGUCUAUACUAUGGAAGUCAGUGGGACUGAAACGGUUUGGAUACCAACAUUCUUCAAAAUAAUCUUCUUUUUUGAAGAAUGAAACUAUUUGGUAAAUAUCUUAUUUUGUGUUCCACAUAAGAAAGGAUUUCCAACAUUCUAUAGAUACAUUCAAGAUACAUACAAAUACAAGAUACUUUGAUACUUUUUUGGUCCCAUUGACUUCCAUGGUACUUUUUAUUUGUGCUAUGAAAGUUAAACAGACCUAAAACCAAAGAAAGAAAUGCCAAGAAGCGAACAAAGAAAUGCCAACAUUUUCUGUAGAAGGUAUUUUGAUGAAUGCCAGUAACUAAACGGUUUUGUGUCACAUUGACUUCCAUUGUAUUUUUUGGCCAUACUAUGGAAGUCAAUGGGAAUGUUGUUUAUCGAGAUAUCUUCUUCUGUGCUCCAGAGAAGAAAAGCAAUGCAUGCAGGUUUGGAACAACAUUAGGAUGAGUGAAUCAUGACAUGUUUUUAAUUUUUGGUGGACUAUGCCUUUAAAAUGUACAUUCCUGGUCAGGAAAUGACUAGCAUGACUGCCAGUACGCCAUUAGCACACACACAUACAGUAGGCAUCAUGGCAGAUUACUGAGACAUGUAAGGGCUGGGACAGGUUAUGUGUGUAGCUGAAACCGCCACAGUUACGCUGAGCAAGGUAACCGAAUAAUAAUAAUAAUACUAAUGUCUCAGACGACAAACACUCGUUGUGAAUGUUUCUUUUGAGAAAGUGUCUUUUUUGCAUGUGGAGCUGCCUGUCCUCCUUUCCAUCCUCUCCAGUAUCCUCUGAACAUGCACCUCCUUGCAUGUCCGAUACUGUGAAAAUCACUGUUAUGUGGCCAUUUUAUGUCAGGUUAAUAAGUUCUUAUUUAUCAUGUUUGUACCCUCGAGGAACCACAUGGCAAUCCAGUAUAUCUACAGUAGGAACCGUACAAAUAUAAACGGAAAUAAUUGUUGUAAAUGUCAUUGAUGAACUGUACAUUUCAAAGAUUUAAACUUAUUAAAACAAUUGCUGGUGACAAAUUUA